UGCCUGGUGCAUAAAUACAUUAUACUCUUUCAUUCAAACUAUGAACAUUUAUCGUAACCUUUACAUCAUUCAUGAAGUAUUCAAAGAAUUCUCAGAUUCUGUUUUUUUUUAUUCUAUUGCAGAUGCUGGUUUCCACUUAGAUGAUAAUGGUAUCUUGAGAGAUGAAUUUGAUCCCUAUAAUAAAAUUGGAGGUCAUUGGACAGAUUCUGGAUUUGGAGGAGAUCGACAGUCGAGUCAGUCAACGUUAUUACAAACAAACAAUAGCUUUAACGAGUCAUUUCAUGAUGAUGAUGAUCGUAGUAUAAAUAUAAGUGAGUUAGAGGCUUCAAAAGAUGACAUAGACAUUGACAGAGGAUCAUUUUCUGGUAGUUUGGACAGGGAAUGGAACUUGGGGGUUAGACAUAGUUUUGAAAGUCCGCGAAGAUUAAAAGCUGAAUAUUCGAAGGAGAAUAGAAACCCUACAAAAUCGAAUUCAAAUAAAAGUGAUAUUUUUACCGAAGAAUAUUAUCAAGGGCUUCGGGAUUUGGGUGUUUUAGUAGACAGUGCUGAUUUUGAUGACAAUCAAAAUAAUUCUUUAUUAAACUCCAGAGAAUUUGAUCAACACUACUUUCAAGAAAAUCUAUAUGAUAGCGAAAGAGACAUUAAGACAACUCCAAGUAUCUCUCAUGAAGAACAUGUUGCUAGAAAUAUAGGGCAGAAUGCUAGAUGUCAGCCAGAAACAAGAUCAAGUUCAACAAUUAGCAGUCAAUCAUUUCCUGAAAUCACACCAGAAGAAGCAGAAGAGUUGUACGAAAACAAAACUUACAAAUAUGUGGACAAAAAAUCAGCAUUUGACUUUUUCCCAACCAACUCCAAAGAUGACGAUGAUGAAAUAUUCUUCAUUACGAGUCGAAUACCAUCAUCUAAAAUAAACAACCGAACAUCACAUUCCAUAUCUCCUAAUCAGUCUACCACAAGUACUCGGCCAGCUAGUUCAACUAGUCAUAGAAGCAGUCGACCACAAACGCCUUACAGUAGAGAGGUGUGGCAACACGAUAACAGUGCAUACAACGACGAAGGAGAUACCAGCUUAAACAGAGAGGAUUUACAAAUUGAAAUACCCACAAGACCAGAAACAGCUUCCCCUCCAGAAUCACAUAGAUCUCUGUCCUCAGAAUCUGGAAACCAUACUUCACGAUCUGGUACUGGUAAAAAAUUACCCAAAGCUGUAUCGCAAGAAAGUUUCUUCGAAAAACCGAAGUCUGACAAAAUGCCAAAGCGAAUGUUACCAAAACCAAACACCAGUGAAGAUGGUGAAUAUAAAAUCAAGAGUAAGAGUAAAAGCACAACAAAUAUUUAUGGGCGAUCCGGUCCUGUGAAACCCACUCACAUGACCAUCUCUGAAAUCACCCGUAUCACUAUGGAUGAUACUGAAGAUGACAACAAAGAUGGUAGCAAACCUAAGGGUGAACAUGUAGAACUCUCAACUAAAUUAAAACAAGAAUUUGUAAAACGAAAACAAGCAACCGUUUUGGUUCAACAGCUUCAAAAAGAUUAUGAUAGUCUUCUGUCCAAAUAUGCUCUAGCAGAACUGACAAUUGAUCAGAUGAGACUUGGUGCUAAGAUUAACCUCCAUACAGACUCUCCGAUACCUAAUCAAAUUCCGAUGGGGUCACUGGCUGUACCUCAAUCUAUCCAGUCCAUUAAUCUUGGUGGUGUAUCUGGACGAGCAGUUUUAUCUUCUUCACCAGCUAUAAACAACAGAUACCUCAGUCCAAGUUUAGAUGUCAGUGAUGCCUUCAACAGUUCUUCCUUAGCUAGUGAGAACAACAAAUUAGCUUCUACAGCUGACAAGCUCUUAGGAAGGGACUCAGAUGAUAGAAUGCUAAAAACACCAUCUGGUGCUGACCAAGUUAAAGCAAGUCUUUUAGUACAGACAAAACUCUUAGAUCAACGGAUUCAAUCUUUUGAAAAUCUGGUAGAAAACAAACAAUUGUCCUUAGAAGAUAAAGAACAAGUAUUUGAUAAAAUACGAACAGAUCACGAGAAAUUACGGAGACAGUACUUACAAUCAAAGGAGGACUAUAACGUGAUGCGUAGAUCGGGAGCAACCACGGCAACAGAAGCUAAUUUUGAUGAUGAUAAAGAAUUGGAAGGAGAACUAUUCAAGCUUGGAAUGAAAUUUGAUGUAAUGCAUGAACAGAUUGAUUCUCAUUUACAAGAAGGUAAAGAACAACGCCAACCAUUUCAGUCACAACGAUUGGCUGAUGAAAUUGAUGGAGAGGAUGGUAACCAUAGUGAUGCAUCUGAAACGGCUCAUGCUGUUGACCAAUUAAAAAAGCAGAUUCGUGAUCCAAAUGCUGGCAAUGACAUGAUCCAUCCAAAAUUAGAGCCUGAGUUUGAAGGGAAACUUAGAAGGUUGCAUGAUGAAUAUAAUGCUUUGAUGGACAGAUACAGACGAUUAAAACAAAUGGCCAAGACACCUAAUCGUGAUAAAGAAAUCGAUAACCUUGUUAGAAAAUUAAAGGUAAUCUGCGAUGAAGCACCACAGAUAUUUCAUUUACCACCAGAACUAGAAGAAAGAAUGGAACGAUUAAAUAAAAAAGACCAAGAAGCCAAAAAUCGAGUUAAAUCCCAAAAUACAGUAGCAGAACUUGUCAAUGGACAGUUUUUCAGUGUAGAAAAACAUACAGAACUGCUGAGGCUGAUCUAAGGAAUACCUGUAUGAG